ACGAUAGCAAAUCAAAUAGAGAAUGGCUCGAUGGGCAUUGGUUCUAUAUACGUAAUCAUAGCAACCAUUCGACUAUUCCUGACGGUCGAUAUGUAUAUUCUGGAAGUCAUUGGAUUGGAACUGUUUCUGGAAUGAAUCAGAUUAGGCUAAACGCCUAUGAAGUUCGCGGAGAAUAUAAAACUUAUUCAUAUGCCAAUGUAUACAAUCCUGUAUUUAUGUACCUUGAUAUAAAUCAGAUUAAUUAUAUACGUAGGGGAUUGCAACAUAUAUUUGAUAGACACAGAGAACAUUGGGGAUUUACCGAAAAUGACCAUUGGGAUAAUCAAAACAGGGAGAAACUUCAGAGAACCCUUCAAGAGUUUAUUCACAGAAACAUAAACAAUGUUUAUAGUGGAACCUAUAAGAAUCAAGAUGCGUACUUUAUAGUUGCCUCUGUAUCUCAUAACUGUGUUAUAAUUUACCGUGGUGGAGAUAAAGAUUAUCAAUUAUGGUCUGGAUGGAAACUAAUGUAUGAAGACAUCCUCGAUGGAAUUGCCAACUCGGAAGUUGAAAGGGAUGAUUUACUCAAACUAUUUUUAAAAGUUUACUUGGACGAUAAAAACAGUUAUAUCACCAUUCUAUUAGGUCCACCGGUAAAGAUAACUCUUCGAGAUACCCUUAAUGGAUCUGGAAUAAGUGAAGGUAAAUCAGAAACAGAGAAAUCAUCAUCGGAAUAA